GUGAUUUUGAUAGGUUUUCAUAUUAUCAAGAUUUUUAUGGAGCCUAGGUGAGCCGGAUAUGGUUUUACUUAAAGUUGUUUAUUUCCGGACCUGACGUCAUAUACCAACAUGGACGAUUCCCAGCUUCAAGACAUCUGUCGGGUAUGUCGCUCGGAAGGGGCACCCGACAAGCCAUUGUUCCAUCCAUGCAUCUGCACUGGAAGCAUCAAGUACAUCCACCAAGAUUGUCUGGUUCAGUGGCUGAAGUACAGCAGAAAAGAAUACUGUGAACUCUGCAACCACCGGUUCUCCUUUAUGCCAAUUUACUCUCCUGACAUGCCAAAACGGUUGCCAAUUCGGGACAUAGUGAGUGGCCUGCUGAGCAGCCUGGGCACGGCCAUCCGCUACUGGCUGCAUUACACUGUGGUGGCCUUUGCUUGGCUAGGCAUAGUGCCCCUUACAGCCUGUCGCAUAUAUCGAUGCCUAUUUACUGGAUCUGUGAGCUCACUCUUAACAUUGCCUUUGGAUAUGCUUUCCACGGAGAACUUGCUGUCAGACAGCUUAUAUGGCUGUUGCAUCGUUACUUGCACGCUGUGUGCCUUUAUCAGCUUGGUGUGGCUACGAGAACAAGUAAUUCAUGGAGAGGGUCCAGACUGGCUAGAGCAAGACCCACAGCAUGCUGACGGUCUGGCAGAAGCUGAGCCAGGAGAAGUUGUGGGGCCACCCUUAGGGCCAGUGCCUCACCAUGCUGACGAACCUCCUGCACAGGCAGAUGACCACGUUGCUCAGGAUGAUAUCAACUGGAACCCAAUUGAGUGGGACAGAGCAGCUGAGGAGCUUACCUGGGAAAGGCUGCUUGGACUGGAUGGAUCUCUUGUGUUUUUGGAGCACGUAUUUUGGGUUGUUUCCCUUAACACACUCUUCAUCCUUGUCUUUGCCUUCUGUCCGUACCAUAUUGGACAGUUUGCCAUCAUGGGUUUCCGGCUGAAGAGCUACGUGGCUGUGUCUCAAUUUGAGGGCCUCUUGACCACGCUGUGUGGCUAUGUGCUGCUGGGCGUGGUCUUGGUGUUUCUGCAUGGCCUAGCAGCCUUGGUGAAGCUGCGCAGGACGCAACGCCUACUGGGCCUCUGCUAUGUGGUGGUCAAGGUGGCCCUGCUCUCCGUUGUUGAGAUUGGGCUCUUUCCUCUGGUUUGUGGCUGGUGGCUCGACGUCUGCUCCUUGAGCAUGCUGGAUGCCACUUUGUCAGAUCGAGAGUCCAGCUUCCAGCUGGCACCUGGGACAUUCAUGUUCUUGCACUGGCUGGUUGGCAUGGUGUAUGUCUUCUACUUUGCCUCGUUUGUGCUUCUUCUGCGUGAGGUGCUUCGGCCUGGCCUGCUGUGGUUUCUGCGGAAUCUCAAUGACCCAGACUUCAAUCCCAUACAAGAGAUGAUCCACCUGCCAAUUCUGCAACAUGUCCGCCGCUUCUUGGUGUCGCUGGUGAUUUUUGGCACUACAGUGCUCCUUAUGGUGUGGGUGCCAGUGCGGCUUAUCCAGUGUCUCCUGCCAGGAUUCCUCCCAUACCAUGUCUUGAUUUCAAGUGAAAGUCCAUCUCAAGAGAUCUCGUUGGAGCUGAUACUGCUGCAGGUGGUAUUGCCCACUCUCUUGGAGCAGGGCCAUAUGAAACAGUGGCUCAAGGCCUUGGUGCGUGCAUGGUGUGUGGGUGUGGCCUGCCUCCUUGAUCUGCGUUCCUACUUGCUUGGAGAUGCUCCUGACACCCAGACAGAGCAGGAUGGGGCUGCAGAAGGGGGCCAGCAGGCUGGAGACGGUUCUCAGCUAAUGGGCCCCCUGAACGAAGUGGACGAGGAGGUGGAUGACGAAGAGGAGGAGGACGAGGAAGAUGACGAAGAGGAAGCAGGUGCUGCACCUGUUGUGCUUGGGGCAGCUCAUCAGGCACUUCUUCAAGGGCCUGGUCCCUCAGCAUUCCAGGCAUACCAGAGACCACGCUGGUUUCCAUUGCGCCUGGCUGCAUUGCUGUGCUGCAUUGCAUUUAGCUUGACAGCACUGAGCUUUGCCAUGCUCACCAUUCCAGUGAGCAUGGGUCGCCUUGUGAUGAUGGUGCUAAUGCCUGGUGGCCGAGUGCAUGAGUUCUACACGGCAGCCUGUGGUCUCUACUCGUGUUGGCUGGCUCUGCGUUGCCUCACCCUGCUGUGCAGCUGGCUGCCUCGGGGCUGGAACACCAUUCUCAGCAAGCUCCACUCUUGGAUGCUCAUUUCAGUAAAGUCCCUGGUAGCCAUGAGCCUGCUGCUCGGUCUUAUCCCAUUAUUGAUGGGGCUGCUGUUCGACCUGGUGGUGAUAAUCCCUCUUCGGGUGCCCCUCAAUGCCACUCCUCUCUUUUACCUCUGGCAUGAUUGGGCACUUGGUGUGUUGCAUACGAAGAUAAUUUGUGCUGUAACGCUCAUGGGCCCUAACUGGUGGCUUAAGCGAGUCAUUGAUGAGAUGUACCAGGAUGGUGUGCGACAGUUGAACCUGCGCCUGGUAGUUAUGGAUCUGGUUGUUCCUGUGGUGGUGGUGCUGGGCCUUGCUCUGGCUGUACCAUACCUACUGGCCACCAGCUUGGUGCCCGCAUUUGGCAGCAGCAUGGAGACACAAAAUUUGGUUCUGCGACGGAUCUACCCUUCUCUGCUGGCACUUUGUGCCUUUAUGGCAUUCAUGGUGUUUCAAGUGCGCCAGUUCUGUCGACUAUAUGAGCACAUCAAGAAUGAUAAGUACCUUGUAGGCCGGCGGCUAGUCAACUAUGAGCACAGGAGGCCUGCGUCGAGCUUUGCAACCACAUCUCAGCUGACAGCUUCCUCUUAGGACCUGCUGGCCCAUGUGUACAUAAAUGUCCCACGCACUGGACUUGCCUGAUGUGGUAGUGCGUGUGUGCCCAAGCUGGAUGGAUCCUGGCUUCUUGGCGCUACCAAAAGCUGCUCUGUCUGUCAGAACUGCAUUUCUCGUGUUGUAUAGUCGACAUUUUAAAGGCUGGGCUGGCUUCUCCAAUGGCACUGGCUGAACCAGUGAUGGAAGGCUGCUUCGCGAGAGCAGUGAUAUACUACAAACGUUAAGGCACCCUAAGGGUUACUUGAGCAAGUUCAUGGUUAUGAUGUCUGACCAUGAAAGGUUGGCACAUUGUCAACACAUGGCUGGCCUGUUGAUUGCAGAGAAAGAUGCGCGCUUCAAACUGAUGUGAUUGCCCAUGAUCGAACAAGGGUCACCAGCCGUACUGCCAGUCAUGAUAAUCUAGAUGGUACCAGCUCUGUAAGUGCCCUCUGAGAACUGCUGGUUCAGACCACAUUGCUGGGAGAAGUUCUUGCCGCAUAGGUGUCACUGUGGAGGUGAGGAAAAGAUCAGGUUGGCAAGUGCAAACUUUGUGUGCAAGUGUUUUUCACAGGUGCUUGCAACCAAAGGUGAUGCUGCUGUUUUUGAGUAAAGUGGAGUACUAUGUACAGGGCAGAAAGUGUUCAUUCAAGCUGUUGCAUGUUCUCCUGUUGUACGAGAAUAGGUGGGAUGCCAGAGGUGCUUUUUCCUUUUCUCAGCUGCAUCUAUGAUUAAGUGUGAAAAAUAUUCUUUUUGGCAUCCUGGUAUGCUUAAGUAAUGUGUGUGGCAAUUUUGCAGCUCUGGAAUAUAUUUUAAAUCACUUGCAUGUAAUCUUUGAGUGAUGUGUGAUAAAGCACUUGGCAGAUAUUUUUAAUUUUUAUUGUUGGCAUGGGGGCAAGUUGGCACCAUUUUUUUUUUUUGCUUUUGUAGCUUAACUUUCCACAUUGGUGUUGAAAUUUCCAUUGUAACCAUAAGAACUGGGCCUGCUUUGAAUGAACAUAGCUGUAUGUCCUCUGUGUAGAGCUUUCUGGUGAUCUUGUACCUUUCGUUGUAGACCCCACAUUCCAAAUACUAAUCAUGGAAGCUUUGUACAGACCAAAGCUUGUUUGCUCAGAAGUUAGUGAGAGUUGCAGUUUUUAUCGCAAAUUUUGAAAUGGAUUUGUAUUCUGCUCCUUGAUCUGUUUCAAAACUGUACAAUGGUGAGCUCUGUGUUGUUUUCUUUUGUAUAGGUUGCAUAGGAGCUGCAGUUAUGACUGCACAUUGUAUAUUAUGUUGAAAAGACUGAUUGAUUUUGCUUUAUGAUCAGACAUGAAAUUGCAUUGUAUUCAAUACAAAAUGUAAAAAAAGGGAAAGUUGUGUACAUUAUAGCUUUGUUAGCUGAACUUUCAUGUCUGAUGUGACUGGCUUGAAACAGUGUACCUUGAAUGUAAGGGCUUGCUUUCCCAUCUGUGGAGAAACAUCUCUUUGGUUGUCUUAGAGUCAUUAAGGUGGUGAAGUUCAGGUGGCAUAUUUAGGUCAAUAAAAGCUGAAAGGUGAAAUUAUUUUCGAAAACAAA